AUGUCAGUUUUGGCUUUGAUGAUCAAUGCUCGGCCGCAAGCUGCUGUGGCUACAGAUGGUAGUGCAGUAUCAGCACCAGUAGCGGCUGGAGCAGCUCCAGCUUCAUAUGGUGCUACUGGUACCUAUGGUGCUUCUGGUGCACAACCAGUAGCCACUGCUGCUCAACCAGCGGCUAUUGGAGCUGCUACGUCCAGCGUUGGUGGACUACCAGCAAAUCCUGCUUCACUAGGCGUAGCAACUUCUUCUGGAGCCAAUGCCGGUACCAAUGUACCUUACGCCGCUGGACAGUCUGGACUACGGUAA